AUGGUCAAAUUAACUUCAAUCGCUGCAGGUGUCGCUGCUAUCGCUGCCGGUGUCGCUGCUGCCCCAGCAACUACCACUCUAGCUCCAUCCGACAAAAGAGUCAACUUGGUUGAGUUGGGUAUCUACGUUUCUGAUAUCAGAGCCCAUUUGGCCCAAUACUAUUUGUUCCAAGCCGCUCAUCCAACUGAAACAUACCCAGUUGAAGUUGCUCAAGCUGUUUUCAACUACGGUGAUUUCACCACUAUGUUAACUGGUAUCGAACCUGCCCAAGUUACCAGAAUGAUUACUGGUGUCCCAUGGUACUCCACCAGAUUGAGACCUGCUAUCUCCAAGGCCCUCUCCAAGGACGGUAUCUACACCGCCGUCCCAACCAAGAAAUGA